CCUAGGGCUUCGCUUUCCGAAAACCUUGAUUCUGGGGUGCUGGAGAUACUCUUCAUUAUCAUUUCCUCCCACUUACACUUGUCGGAAAGCGGACGCGUCGUUGUUCGAUUCUGAGAAGCAAUCCCAUCUGCACGUUGCACGUAGAGUACCGCCAGUCAUCAAGAAUACCUAUUUCACGACAUUAAUCAGGCCUAAUCUCAACAAGGAGACGCCCUCAGAUGCGAUUCCUUGCCACUCUUCUGGCCGUUGCCGGCCUGGCAAUCGGGACUCCUGCCAACCUCGUCGAGAGAUCCGCGCCACCUCGGGUCAAGAACAUCGACUUCAAAGAAAUGAGAUUGCGAAUGCACCUGAAGCAUCCGACUCACCUGAUCUCUCAGUCUUUCGACUUGAACGAUGUGAAGGGGAUGUUGGUGUCUCGCGCUGGCACAGCAGAUACAAUCUACAUCCGUAACAUGAACACCUUUAUCCCAAUGACCAGCUUUCGAAACGGACCGACCUCGGACGGGGAGACCACUGCAGAAAACCACUGCUUCAUGUGGGACGAGUGGGAGCUUCGGGAUGUCAAGUCAUACUGGAGUCCGUAUACGGCAGCUUCCAAGAUGCAGCAUGUUGGGCUCGUCGGCGACCCCGAGACUGUGGCGAUCCCUUGGGAGGAGAAAGUUUCCGUCAAGAGGAGGAUCAGUCUUACUCCUGACUGGAGGCCCAUUAAACAUGUGCUGAGCAUUGCAUUGGGUAUGAAUACAACGGACGAAUGGGCCCACGGAGGAACCUUUCAAUGCACCACUGCUCCUAACAAGAGAAUUCGUCUUUGGUUCCAGAAGUAUGUCGGAUCAGCAUAUGCCUUCAAGAAGAUAUGCAGAAGUUGCGGUGGUGAAAGACCAGUAUGUGAGCAAACGUGGACGCCACAGGGCCAGAUUAUCAUUCCCUCUGAUGGGUAAGUUGGUGUCUAUCCGUCGAGAUUGUUGAAGUGACUGAUUUCGAACCCACCUAGCUCCGAUCCGGACCUCAACUACAACAUGCACUGUAGCUCUGAUUAGAACGGGCAAGACAUAUGGAAGCGGCGAAGGCGAUGCGCCCGGUUGGAGAACUAUUGUUAGACCGCAAGUCAAGUCCUGGUUUUCAUAGGAUAUAUAACUUCGUCUCAUCGUCAACAAUGGAAGACGUCUCUAGCCAAAUUUAUCACCGUUACCAAGACCAAGACCUCAUCCACGACAACAUGGUGUCGCCCAAAUGUUUAAUAAGCUCCAGUCCAUCUGAGUGGUCACUUUUCCGUCUUUCAGCAUCUGUGUAUGGCGAAGAUUGUUAUCAGUAGUUCCAG